UGUAACUCGGUCCAUUGUUGAGUACAAAUCCCACUCUCAGAAAUAUUUGUUAAUUAAUUUAUAUAAAAUAAUUCAUUAUCGCUUAAGACCUAAUGUUCUUCAAACCCCAUUAUAAAUGCGUGGUAUACAUCCCUGCUCUCUAACUACUCUGCUGGAGUGCUAGUAAUCGCAGCUCUCUCUCUCUCUCUCUCUCUCAGCAGAUCUAAACUACGAUCCAUGGCGACGAUCCAGUCCGUCCAUGCACGACAGAUCUUCGACAGCCGCGGCAAUCCUACGGUCGAGGUGGAUAUUUGUCUAUCAAAUGGUGUGAAAGCUAGAGCUGCUGUUCCAAGUGGUGCAUCCACUG